AUGGAUCUAAAAAGCCGAUACGCAAUUGGCCAAGGAAGGCUCGAUCAAGUUGAACUAUUAUCUGAUGAUGAAAAUUCCGAUUAUUACUCUCAAGAAGAUCAUGAUGAGUUGAAUAAAAUUGAAAAAAGGAUCAAAGAUUUGUUUUGUAAAUAUGAGACAUGUGGAUUUCUAAAUACACGUCAAAUGACUGAUUCCUACGUGAACAUAUACCAUGAAAAUCUUAACUGGGAUGAAUAUGCAAAAUCAUCUUAUCUAACCCUUGGCGAAUUUAUUCAGGAAACCUGGAACGAAUCUUUUAAGGUUAACGUUUGUACAAAGGAUAAUGUAACUUGGAUUGGAUUAAACGUAUCAAAUAUUCCAAGGGAUGUUUAUGAUCCUUUUUUAAAGAUGAACGUUCCUCCUGUAUCACCAUAUCCGAUUAAAUAUGAUGAAAUUUAUUUUGAUGUUCAAGUAUGGAAGGCUAGAUAUGACCCCGAAGAAGAACGUGCUAAUCAGAUGAAAUUUCACCAAGCUGAAAAAGUAUUAUGGAAAAUUAGGCAUUUAAUGAAGAAUGGAACAGUUAUUCGGACUUGUUGCAUUGAGUUGCUGUACUUUUCUAUGUACAAAGAAACUAUUCCUCAAAUUGUGGGAUAUAAUCAAUUGACAGAUUUAUUAAAUGAUUCAAUUAUCUUGAAAAGAAAGGACGGGCGCAAUGUUAAGGACGCGUUUGUAACUAUGAAAACAAACGACCAAAAAUGUGGAUAUUUGUUAAAAAGGAGCAAGGGAACGCAAGAAAGUAAUGGAAUUAGUGAAUUACAGAGGGCAAUUUGCUCUCUUUUGAUAGGUGAAUAUUUUGGCGAUGUUUUGUAUUAA